AUGCCUGCCAACACUACCACCCUUCAGGAGUUUGAGAGCGUCUGGCCCAAGCUCCAGGCCGCCAUUCUCGAGCAUGCCCAAUCCUACAAGCUUCCCCAGGGGGAGACGGAGUGGUUCAAGCUGAGCCUUGAAACCAACACCGUUGGCGGCAAAUGCAACCGCGGCAUGUCCGUUCCCGACUCGGUCGCAAUCCUCACCGGCGAAAAGCUCAACGAGGAGCAAUACUUCAUGGCCGCAACUUUGGGCUGGAUGACCGAGCUCCUCCAAGCUUUUUUCCUCGUAUCCGAUGACAUUAUGGAUAGUAGCAUCACCCGCCGCGGCAAGCCUUGCUGGUACCGCAUGGACGGCGUUGGCACGAUCGCCAUCAACGAUGCCUUCAUGCUCGAGUCGGGCAUCUACGUCUUGCUCAAGAAGUUCUUCCGCUCACACCCGGCCUACAUUGACCUCGUCGAGCUCUUCCACGAGGUAACGCUGCAGACCGAGCUAGGCCAGCUGUGCGACCUCCUGACCGCUCCCGAGGACAAGGUCAACCUCGACAACUUCUCCCUAGAAAAGUACCAGUUCAUCGUCAUCUACAAGACAGCCUACUACUCCUUCUACCUUCCUGUCGCCCUCGCCCUGCAUCAGCUCAACCUCGCCACCCCCAAGAACCUCAAGCAGGCCGAGGACAUCCUAAUCCCGCUCGGCGAGUACUUCCAGGUUCAGGACGAUUACCUCGACAACUUUGGCCUGCCCGAGCACAUUGGCAAGAUUGGUACAGACAUCAAGGACAACAAGUGCUCCUGGCUUGUCAACAAAGCCCUGGAGAUCGCUACCCCCGAGCAGCGCAAGAUUCUCGAGGAGAACUACGGCCAAAAGGACGACGCCAAGGAGGCCAUCAUCAAGAAGCUCUACGACGACUUGAAGCUCAAGGAUAUCUACCUCAAGUUCGAGGAGGAGCGCGCCGAACACAUUCGCAACCUCAUUGCUAAUGUCGAUGAGAGCGAGGGGCUCAAGAAGGAGAUUUUCGAGGCCUUCCUUAAGAAGAUUUACAAGCGCACCAAGUAA